CGAUGACGGCGACCGCUGCAUCCCUCUUGCCGCUGCUCGCGACGCUGGUCCCGUCGCGCCCUAAUAUUCCGAUCGCACCCCGAGUCUCCCAAUUCAUCUCCAUGCAGUCGGUCGCUGCGCCUGAGCCAACUCUCAUUCCCGGUCUCUCCGCAUCGGACUUCCAGCACCCAGAGGACAAGCGUGCGAGCCAGCUGCUCAAGACCUUCUUCGCACCCGUCGAGCUGGCGCUGCGUGGGGCCUUCUCGGCCCUAGUCGAGGACGCACUCUUCAUGGACAACAUCGCGAGCGGCGUGCUAGUUGGCCCUCGCCAGCUACCAGAGCUGCAUCAGGCCCUCCUCCGCUCGUGCAAGCUCCUCUCCAUCGAGACGGCGCCCGACCUGUACAUCCGGCAGUCGCCGUACCCAAACGCGUACACCGUCGCCGUGCAGGGCCGCCGCCCGUUCGUCGUCGUCACGACCAGCCUCCUCGACCUCCUCUCGCCGACCGAGGUGCAGGCCGUCAUCGCCCACGAGCUCGGCCACCUCAAGUGCGAGCACUCCCUCGCCAUCGCGAUGGCCAACUUGGUGCUCAGCCCACUCGCGAGCGUCUCUCCCGUCGCCGACGCGGCGCUGCAGACGCGGCUGCUGCGCUGGCAACGCGCGGCGGAACUGUCCUGGGACCGCGCCGCCCUGCUCGCGGUCGGCGACGUGCGCGCCGUCCAGGCGGUCACGAUGAAGCUCUGCGGGGGCUCAAAGGCGUCCGGCAAGUCGAUGGACGUCCAGGCCUUUGUGGAGCAGGCCGCGCAGUACGACGAGGUUGCCGACGGCUCGCGGCUCGGGCGGCUCGUGCGGCAGUCGCAGCAGCGCGAGGCGACGCACCCGUUGCCAAUCUACCGCGUGCGCGAGCUGCAGCGCUACUCCGACUCGGGCGAGUACGCGACGCUGCGAGCACGCGGGAGGCCGCUCGGCGAGGGCACUGGCGGUGGUGCGGCGCCGGUGGCGCCCCAGCCGGUGGUGGCUUGAACAAGGACAGUAAACACACGUUUAGAAAAUUCUUUCGGUGCACGAAA